AUGUCGUUACAAGAGCUUAUUAGUGUACAAUUGACUCGCCAUGUCAAGCCAGAUAAUGUUAAAUUUUCUUAUGGAACAGCAGGGUUUCGUAUGAAUGCUAAAGAUUUGGAUUAUGUUAAUUAUGUUGUUGGAAUUUUAGCUAGCUUGAGGUCUAAGUAUUUGGGCGGUAAAACUGUUGGUGUGAUGGUUACGGCAUCCCAUAAUCCGCCUCAGGAUAAUGGUGUCAAGGUAGUUGACCCAAUGGGGAGUAUGUUAGAAAGUCAAUGGGAAUCCUAUGCUACGCAAUUGGCAAAUUCCCCAAACGAUGAAUUGGUGAAAAAUGUCGAGAAAUUAUGUGAGCAAUUGAAUAUCGAUUUGGGUGUUGAAAGUAGCAUUGUUAUUGGUAGGGAUUCAAGAGAAAGUAGCCCUAGGUUAAGUGAGUCCACAAUCGAUGGGUUCAAAAGCGUACCAAAUACGAAAUUCAAAGAUUUCAAACUUUUAACAACGCCAGAGUUACAUUACCUUACUAGAACUUUUAAUGAUCCAGACUUUGGAAAGCCAAAUGAAACAGGGUAUUAUACAAAGCUAGCUGACGCUUUUAAGAAAAUUUACAAAUUAUCAAAAGGGGAUGGAGAUGGCGGCGACAAGAUUGAUAUAACAAUUGAUGCAGCCAACGGUGUUGGCGCACCCAAAGUAAAGGAGCUUUUGCAAACCUACCUUGCCGACGAAAUAGACUUUCAUGUUGUUAAUGGCGACUAUGAGGUAGCCGAUUUGUUGAAUUAUGAAUGUGGUGCUGAUUUUGUCAAGACAAAUCAAAAAUUGCCCAAAAAUGUCGAGCCAGUUGCUAACAAGUUGUAUGCUUCCUUUGAUGGUGAUGCAGACAGAUUGAUUUGUUAUUUCAAAACAGAGCAAGAUCAGUUUGUAUUGCUAGAUGGAGAUAAAAUUGCCACCUUGAUUGCGUUGUUUUUGCAACAGCUAUUCAAAACAAUCGAUUCAUCGAAAUUGUCCUUAGAUAUAGGAAUCGUUCAGACAGCUUAUGCCAAUGGUUCAUCAUCAGAGUAUGUUGAAAAAAAGUUGAAACUUCCAGUACGCUGCACACCAACUGGUGUCAAACAUUUACACAGUGAAGCUGAAAAAUUUGACAUUGGAAUAUACUUCGAAGCCAACGGUCAUGGAACUGUUCUCUUUAGUUCCGAAGCAGAGCGAAAAAUAUCAGAAUACAAGUCCACUUCUCCAAAAGAAGAAAAAGCAGUUGAGGUAUUACAAACGUUUAGUCAAUUAAUAAACCAAACUGUUGGUGAUGCGAUUUCAGAUUCGUUAGCCGUGUUGGCCAUAGUCCAUUAUUUAAAACUAACCCCCGAGCAAUGGAAUAAUGCUUAUCAAGACUUACCUAAUAAACUAACAAAAGUCGUUGUUCCUGAUAGAUCAAUUUUUCAAACAACCAAUGCCGAAAGAACUUUAGUUAAGCCAGAAGGCAUGCAGUCGAAAAUAGAUGAGUUGGUUUCCAAGUACCCAAAGGGAAGAUCGUUUGUUAGAGCUUCUGGUACAGAAGAUGCAGUGCGUAUUUAUGCUGAAGCUGAUACCAAAGACAAUGUCGAAGCCUUAUCCAAAGCUGUAUCCGAAUUGCUUGCUUGA